AUGGAUGGGUGGAGCAACAUUAGGAAAUGUGGUGGAAGAUUCAAUAGGGAUGCGACAGAUGUUUUAUAUCAACCUCAAAAGGCCAAUGGUGUGGCACAUGCUCUUGCCCAAUAUGGCUUGAAAGAAGGCACCCGUUUCCUUUGGACUGAUGCGGCACCACCUCGGUUGGACUAUAUUCUAUGGAAGAUAGGGAAGUGGGGUAGGGUGUUUAAUAGUAUUGUUUUGUAUAGCUGCUUCAAAAUCUGA